CCCAAAGCUGAGCCUUCCCGCCACCUGUAGCGCGGCCGGCGCUUCACUCGGCUCCGCCCCUCGUGUGGCGAAGCCCCUAAAGCUGACCCUUCCCGCCACCUGUAGCGCGGCCGCGCAAGCGCCGACGGUGGAGCGGGCUGGGAGUCGCUAUGGAACCCGACGGGACCUACGAGCCUGGCUUCGUGGGCAUUCGAUUCUGCCAGGAAUGUAACAACAUGCUGUACCCCAAGGAAGACAAGGAAAACCGCAUUCUGCUGUACGCGUGCCGGAACUGCGACUACCAGCAGGAAGCCGACAACAGCUGCAUCUACGUCAACAAAAUCACGCACGAAGUGGACGAGCUGACCCAGAUCAUCGCCGACGUGUCCCAGGACCCCACGCUGCCGCGGACCGAGGACCACCCGUGCCAGAAGUGCGGCCACAAGGAGGCGGUGUUCUUCCAGUCCCACAGCGCUCGGGCCGAGGACGCCAUGCGCCUGUACUAUGUGUGCACGGCCCCGCACUGUGGCCACCGCUGGACCGAGUGACCGCCGCGCCGCGGGUAAUAAAUGCCAAGUCCUGCA